AUGGCAGAAGCAGCAGGCGGGUCGCAGAGUGAGGUAGAGGAGGAGGAAGCUGCUCUGUCCCGGGGCAGCGGAGUGUGCAAGUGGUUCAACGUGAGGAUGGGCUUCGGCUUCCUGUCCAUGAGCAGCAGGGACGGAGCUGCUGUGGAGGAGCCGCUGGACGUGUUUGUCCACCAGAGCAAACUGCACAUGGAGGGCUUCCGCAGCCUCAGAGAAGGCGAAGCUGUCGAGUUUACCUUUAAGAAAUCAUCAAAAGGACUGGAGUCUGUCCGGGUUACUGGGCCCAAUGGAGCCCCGUGUCUGGGCAGUGAGAGAAGACCAAAGAGUGGCCAGAAACGACGCUCCAAGAGUGACAGAUGCUACAACUGUGGAGCACCCGGCCAUCAUGCCAAAGAGUGUCAGCUGCCGCCUCAGCCCAAAAAGUGCCAUUGCUGUCAGAGUGUUUCCCACAUGGUGGCCAGCUGUCCGGUCAAAGCACAGCAGCAGCAGCAGCAGCAGCAGCAGCAUUCGUCUCCAGGCUCUCAGGGACCAGCUACCUCACAGAGGGACGAGGAAGAGGAGCAAAGCCAGGCCGCCCUCUCUGAGAACUCAGAGUGA